UUCCGAUGGAGGAGAGCGAGGAUCGAUGGAAGGGAUCGUUAGAGAAUAUAACGGAGAUGGCUUCGAAUCUCGAUUCUCUACAGAAGCUUCUCCUCAAGAAAGCUGUCUUCGUUGAAGAAGACACUUUCGCUAGAGCUUCUCUCGUCUCCGAACAAGCUCGAACGAUCAAGGUGCUUGAGCAAAGGGUGCACACACUAGAAAGAGAACUAGAUGCUGCCAUCACAGCUGCUGCUCAUGCUCGCUCUGAGAAACGCCAAGCUGAGUCCUCUCAAAAAGCUGCGGAGUUACGUGCACAAGAGGUCACUAAAGAGCUCGAAAACACCACAAAGGUUUUCAAGCUGCAUAUGGAAGAGCUCCGAGGGAUGCAAGAACAGAUAUCCAAACGAGAUAACGAGAUUAAGCUCUUGGAAUCUAUAAUCCAAACGCUCGGCGGAAAAGAGCGGUUGGGAAAAAGCGGUGUGAAGGGAUGAUCUUGCGUUGCGUGUUUUUUUUUUCCACUUGUAAACAUUUUGUAACCAGAGUUUGUGAGACAGUUUGUGUAUGACUUUACUCUAAGAAGAUAAAAAAUAUUGAAAUCGGAUCGUACCCAUUUUAC